AUGUCUUUAAAAAUUGGUGUACGUCUUGGAGAUAUCAAAGGAGCUGCCGGAUCAGCUUACGUCGAGCUCAAUGAUACAAAAGUUUUCGCUGCAGUUUAUGGCCCAAUGGAACCAGAAAAUCAGCAACAAGAUUCUGCACUCACAGGAAUUGUAGAUUGCAUAAUAGAAGAUGCAUGGCAAAAUACAAAAGAGUAUGAUGCUUUAUGCCAUAAGCUUUUGCACACAUUUUCUUCAACAAUUUUCCACAAAAAAUAUUUCAAAACAUUAAUUCGAAUUUCAAUUACUAUUCUUGAAAAAGGAGAGUUAGUACAAGAUGCGACUACCCUUGCUGGUUCUCUUGCUCUUAUUGAUGCAGGAAUUGAAAUGAAAGAUUUCGUUGUUUCCUGCAAUUGCGGAUUAGUUGAUGGCAAAUUCCUUCCAUUUACAUCAAGCCCACGCUCAGUUCGUGUUGCUAUUCUUCCAUCAACAAAUGAAAUAGUAGAAACAGAAGUUAUUGGACGUAUUUCGCCAGAUGAAAUGAAAGAAGCAGUUCAUACAGCAACAGAUGGUUGCUUAAAUCUUAUUGAAUCCAUUCGUGGCUAUUUCAAGAAUAGAGUUCAAACAAAUCAUUAG